CGAGAAGAACAUGGCGAGGAGGAGUCGAGAAGUUGUCAGACAGAGAAGAAGGUAGACCGCGUCGAAUUAGCCAACAAGACUUCUUCGGAUUAAUAUAUUAUGUCAAAUAGUACUUGCUCAGCUUUCUUGCAUUCACACGCUUCUUCUUCCUUCUUCUUCUUCCUCUUUCAAAGGAGUAUUAGCUUCAAACACCCUUCUUUCCUUACUCCAUUUACAUCCCAUCUCUCUCUCUCUCUUCUUCCUUCAACUUUUUAGCCAAUCUGUCGCAGCAGUAGUAGUUGGGAUUCUCAAUGCCAAAGUUCUUGGGAUUUCUCAGUCUCACCGAGCUCUUCCUGAGCUCCAUAGUUCAUUUGCUCUUUGGGCUUUACAUAUUCAGCACAGCCGUUGCUUGGGAUCUCUCACAGGCUCUAACCAGCUUCUUUCGACCAACAAGCUUUAAUGCCUCAGUGGAGGAAAUCAGUGGAAGAAAGCCAUCAAUGGAGGCAACUAUUGAUGGCUCGGUUCCACCAAUCGUAUUGGUUCAUGGAAUAUUUGGAUUUGGUAAAGGGAGGCUUGGAGGUCUCUCCUACUUUGCAGGUGCAGAGAAGAAGGAUGGUCAUGUUCUUGUACCUGACCUUGGCUCUCUAACAAGCAUUCAUGAUAGGGCUAGGGAACUGUUCUAUUAUUUGAAGGGAGGGCAAGUGGAUUAUGGAGAAGAACACAGCAAGAUCUAUGGCCACUCACAGUUUGGAAAAAUCUAUGAACAAGGGAACUAUGCUAUCUGGGACGAGCAUCACCCAAUUCACUUUGUUGGUCAUUCAGCAGGGGCUCAGGUCAUUCGUGUUUUACAGCAAAUGCUAUCUGACAAGGAAUUUGAAGGUUAUGAGAACACCUCUGAAGACUGGAUUCUGAGUGUGACUUCCUUAUCUGGAGCACUGAAUGGAACCACAAGAACUUACUUUGAUGGAAUGCAGCCUGAGAAUUGGAUGCUGAUGAAACCAAUAUGCCUGCUUCAGAUUUCUCGGGUUGGAGUCAUCAUCUAUGACUGGCUUAACAUUGCAUGGCUGAAAAACUACUACAAUUUCGGAUUCGAUCACUUCAACAUGGAGUGGACGAAAACUGGCAUUUUAGGACUUAUAGAUCUUCUCCUUGGAAACAGUGGACCUUUUGCUACUGGUGAUUGGAUUCUGCCAGAUCUUACUAUAGAAGGCACAAUCAAGCUAAACAGUACACUCAGAACAUUCCCAAACACUUACUACUUCAGUUAUGCAACCAAAAUGACUAAAAAGUUCAUGGGAAUCACUGUUCCUUCUAGCAUUUUUGGAAUUCACCCAUUGCUUUUCAUUAGAGUUCUCCAAAUGACCAUGUGGCGGCGCCCGGCUAACUUGCCCUUGCCUUACAAGGGAUAUAGAGAUGAGGAUUGGGAGCAUAAUGAUGGAGCUCUAAACACAAUAUCUAUGACGCAUCCUCGAUUCCCUGUGGAGCACCCAUCCCAUCUUGUUGUGGAUGAUUCAGAGUGUUUCCCUCUUCAGCCUGGCUUAUGGUACUACAAGAUCAUUGAAGCCGAUCACAUCUUCUUCAUAAUUAACAGAGAGAGAGCUGGAGUGCAGUUUGAUCUCCUUUAUGAUGGUAUCUUCCAACGCUGCAGAAAGCAUGCAUUUAGGACAUCUCCACCACCAACGUUACCCAACCAACAUACUUAAUAGACUCAUUUCUUUUCUUUUCUUUGGCUUUCCUUCUUUCAAUUUUUCACUCUCCUAGAUGUUAAGAUAAGAUAGGAUGCUUAGAUGUUCCAUGCAUUAUGUAGAGAUGGAUACAGCUUUCGAGUUGAAGAAACUCCAUUAAUUUCUCAAUGUUAUUGUUGGAUAUUGAUCAAAGAUUUAGGAUUGUACUUUCUUUAGUUUCUUAAAUGGCUUAUAUUGUCAUUGGUGUAGUUAUUUGUUGCCUAUAAAUAGAAGCUAUAGGAUGUAAUAAUGUA